ACCGUGCGAGCCGUUCCCUCCGCGCACGUUAGCACGAACCAGGUUCUCCCAAACACUUAACGUCAACUCUUUGUCUUUAAACCCAAAGCUUUCCACAUCAUCGGCGUCGUCAGUGAGAGCCGGUGCACGUUAGCGAAUACCUGUUAGAGUUUCUCUGUUUUUUGUACUGUGACAAAAAAAAAAAAAAAAAAAGCGAAUCGGAUUAUAAUCAAACGGUCUCUUCUCCGUCCGGCGAUUCCCUUCUUCGUCUCCAAUCACUCGUUUUAGUGGGGCAUACCCGGACAAGAAGAGAUCAAAGAUAUGCUGAAGAAAGAAUUUGUAGUGAGUGGAAGGAAACUGCUUCCAUCAUUAGUUGAUCUUUGCAUUAAGACAGCGAUUGAUAAUGUAAGGUACCUUGGUGAUGUUGGUGAAACAGAUAUAAAUCUUCUUGAUCGAAUUUUACCACAUUGUACCGUCGAUCAAUUGAUGCACAUUGAGAAGUGUUCAGAAGGAAGGGAUCUUAGUCCAGUGACUGACAAGUUGUGGAAGAAAUUUUAUGAAAAGGAGUUUGGUACUAAAAACACGGAGCAAGUGGUUGAGAGGAUGAGAAAAAGUUUGAAGUCAUUUAAAUGGAUACAAUUGUAUGAGGCAAAAUUGGAAGACAUUGAUGAGCAUGAGAAGAAAGCUGUUGCUCGACUUAAGCAACUAUACAAGAAAGAAGAUGCACGAAAACAAAGUCGGCAAGUUCAGCUUUGCACAAAGGUUCCACCUUCAAAAAAUAAAAGAAGCUUUUAUGGAGGCAGUGGACACGGCCACAAUGUUUCAAACCUGAAGAGCAACUUGAUGAAGAAGUCAAAAAUAGAUUUUCUUAACAGUCAUGAGAUGAAGAAUCUUGCAGCUAUGAAGAAAAAGCCCUUACCGAGGAACGAAGGUACCUCGCUCAUAAUGAAACCGGCUCAGUUUUCUCGAAAAGAUUCUGCUACGACUUCCAAGCUUUUGAAGCCUGCAGAGAGAAAAUCUUAGAAGCAUGUCUUGUGAGUCUUGACAUUGCUAUCAUACUGCUCAAGCUUUGCAACAUUUUCACUCCAACAAUCUUCUUGGCCAGGCAAUAUCAUAUUUUUCUUGCUUUUUUACUUUUUGCCUUCCACCCGUUCUUAAAUCCCACAAUAAAAGAAUAUUAUGGUUUGUUUACUAUA